AGGGAGCUGCUAAAACGAACACGAGGGGAGGUUUCAAAACCGGAAUAGGUUACGUGCAUCACACCGUAAACAAUAUAGAGGUGUCAAGAUGGUGUACGUGUCUAACGGUCAAGUCCUGGACAGCAGGACACAGUCACCAUGGAGAUUGUCUUUCCUUAGCGACCUCUUCUGGGGUGUAGUGGAGUUUAUUGGACUGUUCUUCCAGACUCUUGUCCAGCCAGAUCUGUCCAAAGAUGGGAACUCUGGUGCAUCAUCACGCUUCAGUGAUGGCAGAGGCCCUCCUGGUUUCCCUGGCCGGAGACGUAUGGGCAGAAUAAAUCAUGGUGGAGGACCCACUCCUCCUCCAAUGGGAGGUGGAGGAUGAGGAAGGUGA